UAAAACUUGAGAAAAAACGAGGAGGGGCGUCUCCGCGUCUCCCGAGUCCAAUCCUGUCUCAGGAGUGAAAACGCCCUCCGGCACGCAAACCUGAAAAAGUCCCGGGCGACGUAACGAGCAGCUGAAAGAAGUGCACCUCCGCGCCGCCGCACCUCGGCGGGCUCUGGUCUCUUACGUCCCGCCCGGUGCCUGCGUCCUCCUCUCCGGCCCCGCACCCCGAUGGCUGCCGCCGGGCCCCAGAGCUCCCUGCGCGGAGCUGUCUGCAGGCAGCUACUGCUGACCCUUGUGGUCUUCAGUUUUGCUUGUGAAGCUUGCAAAAAGGUGAUAUUCCAUAUACCUUCCAAACUAGAGGCAGACAAAGUGGUUGGCAGAGUUAAUUUGAAAGAGUGCCUCGGAUCUGCAGACCACAUCCAAUCCAGUGAUCCUGAUUUCAGAGUUCUAGAAGAUGGGUCAGUAUACACAGCCCAUGCUGUUGUGUUGUCUGAUGAGAAAAUAUCUUUCACCAUAUGGCUUUCUGACUCAAAGAAACAGACAAAGAAAGAGAUUCCUGUGCUCCUGGAACAUCAGAAGAAGGUACUGAGGAAGAGACACACUAAAGAGACUGUUCUCAGGCGUUCCAAGAGGAGAUGGGCGCCUAUCCCCUGCUCAAUGCAAGAGAAUUCCUUGGGCCCUUUCCCUUUGUUCCUUCAACAGGUUCAAUCUGACGCGGCACAGAACUAUACCGUCUUCUACUCAAUAAGUGGACGUGGAGUUGACCAGGAACCUCUAAAUCUGUUUUUCAUAGAAAGAGACACUGGAAAUCUGUAUUGUACCCGGCCUGUGGAUCGUGAAGAAUAUGAUGUUUUUGAUCUGAUUGCCCAUGCGUCAACUGCAGAUGGGUAUACAGCAGACUUACCUCUUCCACUGCCCAUCAGAGUGGAGGAUGAAAAUGACAACUACCCUAUUUUCACAGAAGCAAUUUAUAAUUUUGAAGUUUCAGAAAGCAGUAGAAUUGGUACUACAGUGGGAGUGAUUUGUGCCACAGACAAAGAUGAACCAGACACGAUGCAUACGCGCCUGAUGUAUAGCAUUUUGGAGCAGACGCCAGGAAAACCUGGGAUCUUUUCUGUGCAUCCCAGCACAGGUGUAAUCACAGUCUCUCAUUAUUUGGACAGAGAGGUUGUAGACAAGUACUCAAUGAUAAUGAAAGUGCAAGACAUGAAUGGUCAAUUUUUUGGAUUGAUGAAUACAACAACUUGCAUCAUAACAGUAAAAGAUUCAAAUGACAAUUUACCCACUUUCAGACAAAAUGCUUAUGAAGCAUCAGUAGAGGAAAAUACGUUCAAUGUGGAAAUCUUACGAAUAUCUAUAGAAGAUAAGGAUUUAAUUAACACUGCCAGUUGGAGAGCCAAUUUUACUAUUUUAAAGGGCAAUGAAAAUGGACAUUUCAAAAUCAGUACAGACAAAGAAACUAAUGAAGGUGUUCUCUGUGUUGUAAAGCCACUGAAUUAUGAAGAAAUCCGUCAAGUGAUCCUGGAAAUUGGAGUAGGCAAUGAAGCUCCAUUUACUGGAGAUGUGACACUCAGAAUGGCAAACAUGAACAGAGCCAUGGUCACAGUUCAUGUGAAGGAUCAGGACGAAGGGCCUGAAUGCAGACCUGCAGUCCAAUGUGUACAGAUUAAAGAAAACUCCCCAGUGGGUUCAAAGAUCGAUGGAUAUAAGGCAUAUGACCCUGACACUAAAAGUAGCAGUGGUUUAAGGUACAAAUUAUUGCAUGACCCGAAAGGGUGGAUCACCAUUAAUGAAAUUACGGGCUCACUCGAAACUUCCAAAAUCUUAGACAGGGAGGCUGUAACUCCCAGAAGUGCCUUGUAUAAUGUUACAGUCCUGGCAAUAGAUAAAGAUAGUAGAUCAUGUACUGGAACCAUUGAAGUUAAAAUUGUAGAUGAGAAUGAUAAUCCGCCAGAAAUACUUCAAAAUUAUCUAGUAAUUUGCAAACCAAAGAUGGAACAUGUUGACAUUUCAGCCGUUGAUCCUGACGAGCCCAUGCACGGCGCUCCAUUUCACUUCAGCUUGGCAAAAACUUCUCCAGAAAUCAACAGACUAUGGACCCUUGCCAAAGUUAAUGAUACAGCUGCCCGUCUUUCAUAUCGGAAAAAUGCCAAAUUUCAAGAAUAUUCUAUUUCCAUUACCGUAGAAGAUGUAGAAGGUCAAUCUGCAACAAAAACCUUGAGAGUGAACCUCUGUGAUUGUACUUACCCAGAUCAAUGUCGCAUGGCUGCAGGAGCGAUACUUGGCACAUGGGCGAUCCUUGCGAUACUUCUGGGUAUAGCAUUGCUUUUCUCUAUAUUGCUAACUGUAGUAUGUGGACUUGUUAGUGCCAGAAAUAAAAAAAGUUUUCCUGAAGAUUUGGCACAGCAAAACUUAAUCAUCUCAAACACAGAAGCACCUGGAGAUGAUAAAGUGUGUUCUCCCAGUGGCUUUACGACCCAUACAGUCAACAACUCUAGCCAAGGCUUUUGUGGUACUAUGGGAUCAGAAGUUCAAAAUGGCAGGCAGGAAACCAUUGAAAUGGUAAAAGGAGGAAACCAGACCUUGGAAUUGUGCCAGGGGGCCGGGCAUCAUCACACCCUGGAUUCCUGCAGAGGAGGCACUGUGGAGAUGGACCACUCGGAGUGGUACAAUUUCACUCAGCCCCGCCUUGGUGAAAAACUGCAUCUGUGUAAUCAGGAUGAAGACCAUAUGCCAUCUGAAGAUUAUGUUCUUACGUAUAACUAUGAAGGAAGAGGGUCUCCAGCUGGUUCUGUAGGUUGCUGCAGUGAAAAACAGGAAGAGGAUGGCCUUGACUUUUUAAAUAAUUUGGAAACCAAAUUUACUGCCUUAGCAGAAACAUGCACAAAGAAAUAAUGUUACAGUGCUACAAUUAGACAUAUCUUUGUCAGACAUUCUGGAGGUUUCGGAAAGGGAUAUUGUAAGAUUUAAUUUAUAUCUAGAUAUCUAGAUAUCUAUGAAUAUGAAUAUGUAUGAAUUUUUCUAAAAUUUUUGAAUUAUGCUACAUACCAAUUUCUACUUUAAAACAGUUUGUUACUUAUCUUUUCGGGAAGUUUAAAAUGUUAAAACAGAUUUUGCCUCUUUUACUGCUGAGUAAAUAGACAACCAGCAAAUCUCAUGCUAUAGCACUGGAAUUAAGGUCUAUAAAGGACCUCCUCUUCUGUGCAUAUAUUUUUCCAAUAAAUACAUUGGCUAAAUAUUAGUCCAACAAUAGAAGCUGUAUUUGACUGACUAUAGUAGAACAGCUCUCUGGGCUAGAAAUUCCAUCCUUAUUCCAGCUUUAGAUAAAAGUAGAAUAUGAAUCAUUAUGGUAAAUUAUGUUGGAUUUUUUUAGCUCUAAAAAAUCAGUAGCACCUGGUCAUUUGCUCUGAAGGCUACUAGAAUUUUGUUUUUCUUCUGGGUAGCAAUUAGAUUAUGAAGAGCAGUUCUAGAUACUAGAUUGCCCUAAUAAGGUCUCAAAAACACAGAGCCACAAUGUGAAAACUACACCAGGAAAGUGUAGACCAAAAAAAAAAAAAAUUUGUUGCUUUUAUACUUUUGAAAGUGUGUUUUAUAUUUUACAAAAGUCCUGUUAUGAGGAAUAUAUCUAAAUUUCCUUAAUCUCGAGAAAGAAAACUAUAUUCACCAUACAGAGUUAUUGCCAGUAUUUUAAUGUAAAGAUCUUCUGUUGAGAUUGUAAUCACAAGUCUUUUUCCUGAGAUUCAGAACUACCUUUGAUAACUUGCCAGUAAUGAGAAUUAUGCUGAGAAAAAGUUGCUUUUCUUCUCUUGAGAAUUAUCCUUUCAUAUUUUCAUUUGCAAGUUUAGCACAUAUGGCUCUUUAUUUUCUCUCGACAGUAGUCAUUUGCAAUUAGAAUAUCUUAUCCUUAGAUGGACUGUAGUUACACCAUUGAAUCAGUCUGAAGAAACAGACUCCCAUCGUAGUUACGGUAGCAAUGAGCAUUAACAUUCAUUUCUAUUCACUACCAUUUUCAAAUGAAAUACAUUAUUCCUUAUUAAAGCAGGUAAAUAUUACACAAUGCUAUAAUGAAUCAAAUGAAUAUAGGGAAACUUAAACCUUAGGUGCAAUUUAAUAUCUUCCAAGGUGUUGCUUAAAUUUUGUGCUUCUCAAAUUUGUUCACAUGCUACAGCCUCUGGAAGGCCUUGCAAAAUUCCCCAAAAGCAAUGACGUUUAAACUUAAAAUAAUUAACAUCUAAUCUUAUGAUAAAUCUAAUAGCACAUUAUUAUAUACUCACUUCAAAUGACAGCUUAAAAAAUAGACAACAAAUAAUAGGUACCACUAGUUGAAGAAAAGUUUGAAAGAAAAAUAAUUAAGACUAAAUUAAUUUUAAGAUUUUGCAGCUAUGAAGAAUUGGGACCUGCUCCCCAUACCCGACCCUGCAAAAAAAAAUUCUUUAUUUUACUUUGGAGGCAGAAUUUGUUGAGCUAGCUCAUGAAGUAGCAAUGUUCGAUAGGAAUACAGUUUGAACUGGAUAUAUGUGUAUAUAUAUACACAUACAUACAUAUUAAUGUUUAUUGAUUAAUGGUCAAAUAUAUAACCAUUAAUCAUUAAUGGUUAAAUAUAUAACCACUAGUCAUUAAUGGUUAAAUCAUUAAUCAAUGCAACAUUUAAAACAAAGUGAAAAACAACAUUUUAAACAAAGUGAAAAACAUUUGAUUUUAAAUGAGGCAGGGGUGUGGUGUGUUCUAUAAUAAAUAUCCGGGAUUUAAAAAAUAGAGAACUUAUGUUUGGUUCUUAGGUGCUGCAUGAUAACUAAGCAUGUCAGGAAAUAGUUCAUGUACAUUUAUGUAAUUUGUUUAAAAUUGUAUACAGUUAAUUAAACUUUUCUGGUUUCAGUGGAAAGGAAAGAAGGGAUCACGUGGGACUGUAGAUUUGCUUUGCAGUCUCCUUCUGCAUCUACAGACUGGGAGCAAACUGGUGACUGGCUAUCACAGCUAGGGCUCCUUGACUUCCAGUGACAGGUUUCCAGAGAUGAAAUGUUUUUCUUGGAGCUAACACUAAAAACUUCUUUUAACCUAAUUCUGGUAAAAAUAAAUCUUCUACAACCAUUUUCAUUGUCUCUCCUACCAAUCGACAUUUAAAAAAAUUUAGAGCCAAACAACCAUGUUCUCUGGGUCAGAUUUUAAAGGCUAAAGGGGGCUGGGGUGGGGUAAAUCUUACGAAAGUGGGGCGUGACUGUCCUAAGACCUCAAAUCUGUCACCUUUACACUGUUCUAAUCCAAGCCUGGAAACUAUAAAAUGUCAUUUCCCUAAUCACUGCCCUGUUUUAAAGAGGCAUAGAUGUGAUUCAAGGAAAUCAGCCCUCCCAUCAGGCCCCCUUUCUUUAAUCUCUCUCCCAACCUUGUCAAUGACACUUAGCUGGCAAAUACUCCGGGCUGUCAAUCACCCUUCAGUAUAAAUUACUUUUUCCGGGUUUGCUUUCUUACGAGGAUUUUUUAAAUAAUAGAGGAACUAAGAAGUUUGAAUUCAUGAAAGAAAAAGAUCACGUGGUCAGGUGGGGACCGAGAACUCCAGGAGAGGGCAAGCCCAAGUGGAGUAUUUGCACAGUCAGAGAGGAACAUGAAAGCCCAGGCCUUCAAGGGCAAAAAGAGAGGCCACAAAAGGGACAUGAGUGGUACACACUGAAGCAACAUUGCUUCUUAAUUUGUCCUAGGCCAGGCCCUUCCUUUUCCUCUUUUCGCAGGCCAGUGGCAGCUGCCAUUUGAGUUUGGUGGAGUGUUACCAACCCUUUCUCUGCCUCAGCUUAUUUGGAGUGUGGCAUCAAGAAGAGAGCUGACUCCUUGCUGAGUCUGAAAGCGUUUUCAGGACGGGCCUGAACUGGUUGUGCAGGACAAACACGGCAUUCAUGGGGAAUACUGGAUUCCUAAUGAGGCCCUCUGGUCACUGAGAUAGAUGUCUUCAAUUAAACAGGUGUCUGAAUUUUUCUCUUUGAUGCUCCAUUUUCUGUUUUCUAAUUUGCUCCUGAAAUCUAGCUUUUUAGACUUAGACAUUUUAAAGAGUAAUUUUCCUUUUAAGGGCUUCUUAUUUUUAAUGUAAACGUUUAUAACAUAUAGUAUUCUUCUUUCCUUACAUGGGUAAGGUGAAAAUUAUGCUAUUUUAGUGUGAAAGAAAAUAUCUUUUUGAAGCUUUAAUUUUUCUUCCAGUGAAUGUUCUUGAAUUUUUAUGUAAAUGUACAAAUUAUUUUUUUCUUAUUUUUGUAAGGAAGCAGCUAACUAUCUGUCUAAAAUGCAGUGAGAUUUUGCAACGUUUUUUAACAGAGCUUUAAUUUUGCUGUUCAGAGAAGUUACUUUGCUUUUAGAGAAACAUGGCAGGUUAAAAUAAGCAAAAAUUUAAUGUGUAACGCAAUAUUUACAGAUCUGGGAUAUAAUAAAACAAUGUUAACUUGA